GGCUGCUCAGCUGGGCUGUUUGGGCUGCUGGCCCGGUAGGCUGCUUCGCUAGCACGCUCUCCCUCUGCCGCCGGACCUCCUCUUGCCGCGCGGCGGUCCUCUCCUCUCGGCCCCAGCUCUCUCCCCCGUCCGCGAAAGCGACAAUCAGCUGCGGCGGCCCGAAUCCAGGGUGGGGCAGAUCUGCUGCGCUGCUCUGGUCGGUCGGCUAUGAAGAAUGGAGCGGAGGCGGGCGGCGGCAAGCCGGAGUACAGCAUCAUCGUGCCCACCUACAACGAGCGCCUCAUCGUCGCCCUCAUCGUCUACCUCAUCUUCAAGCACCUGCCUGAUUCCAAGUUCGAAAUUAUUAUUGUGGAUGAUGGAAGCCCUGAUGACACUCAAGACGUUGUAAAGCAAUUGCAGCAAUUAUAUGGUGAAGAUCGUGUUCUACUGCGAGCUAGACCAAGGAAGCUAGGACUUGGUACUGCAUAUAUGCAUGGACUAAAGCAUGCCUCAGGGGAGUUCGUUGUUAUAAUGGAUGCAGAUCUAUCUCAUCAUCCAAAAUAUUUGCCAAGCUUCAUCAGUAAAACCAGAGAGUUCGCAUGCAGACUACUGCCAACACUGAAUUGCACACUUCCACUUCAUAGAGUCGCUCCUGUCGGGAUCAAUCAAAGUCCUCAUGAGGCACACAACACAGACCAAAAGAUGCCACCAAGGUGGACGGGCACUCGUUCUGGCCACCGUGAAAAUCCAAUUCUCACCUUCUCAUACCUUCUCUUUUUCCUGGCUGCCAGUUUGUACAGGCCCAAGGUGCAGUUGCAAAGAGGGAUCCUCCAACCCAAUUGCUCUGCUGCAUAAGAUGCAAGGGUAGCACCACCGUCAUGGUGGCGCCUCCACUUGAUUGCUCACUUUCGCUCUCGCUCUGCCGCUGCAUCCCUUUCUUUCUUGGAUCAUCUAUCUAUAUGUGUUCUUGUAUGAUUUGUUUCUAGAUAGAUACAGAUUAUAAUUGUGUGGCAGUGAAGAGAAAAUGAAAGGCCAGUCUUACAGCUGCUUCCCAGACACGAAUAGAUCCUCUCGUUAUUGUCCUGGGGUGGUAGUAGCAUGAUGUGAUAUGAUUCGGCGAAAGGUUUUCUCUGAGCCAUUUCCCCCUAGUCUUUACAGAGACUCUCAUGGGCACGUACACUGCCCUACUGUAUGCUUUCAAAUAUUGUGUACAUUUACAACAUAAUUGUCUAUUUAAUCUGUUCUGUUUUGACUA